AUGCCGCCUAACCAUACGUGUUCCUGGAAGGAACGAUACUUGAACUUGACGGCCGAAGUGCGGCAGCUAAAAGCGGAGAUCGUGUCACAAGAACGACGCAAUAGUUCCGAUCGUGUGGACGUUGGGGUUAACGUCAGUUCGGAUGACAACUGUGAUCUGGGUGUCGAGGGGCUCACUAUUGUCAUGCAUCUGAAGGGAAAAGACGACCUGAUUAUCAACACCGACUUGACUCAGGCCUCUUCGGAUACAUGA